GGUUGUGUUUGUACAGUGAGGAAAUCCAAUUACGACUGGGUCAUGUUUCUAGUCCGAGCAGUCCGCCAUUGUUUGUCGGGGUGAGGAGGCCUAAUGACGCGCCUCACUGGUCUUGUCGCUUGGACACCAGGUCAUGGAUCAUCGGAGCCGGCCAGCGUUACUGAAAAGUGUUGCUUACGUGUGGGUCAUCCUCAGAUCCAUAGCCCUGUGUACGGAGUGUCUACCGGACGAGCAGAGACUGGUGGGCAAGCUCUUUGACAAGCUUACAUACGACAACAGCGUCCGUCCGGUGUUCAACUCGUCCGAGAAUGUUGUGGUCGGUUUCGGCUUCAGCCUCAUUCAGAUUAUGGACAUGGAUGAGAAGAACCAACUAUUGAUCACAAACGCCUGGCUACAACAUACAUGGAUCGAUGAACGCAUCAGCUGGGACGCUAAGGAUUACAAUGGACUCGAGGUUAUACGCCUUCCCGCCAAAAAGUUAUGGUUACCUGAUGUUGUUUUGUAUAAUAAUGCAGACGACUAUACCUCCGGAUUUAUGCCUAUAAAUGCUAUGGUGAAAUAUAAUGGAGAAAUAUUUUGGUCGCCGCCAACACGCCUUAGGAGCUCCUGUAAAGUAGACAUAACGUACUUCCCAUUCGACAGUCAGAUAUGCAAACUAAAAUUCGGGUCAUGGACUUACCCAAAGGCUCAGGUAGACCUCGUCAACAUGAGUGGAUUGGUCGAUCUGACCACGUACACAACGAAUGGGGAAUGGAUGCUUAAAGAAUACUACAUCACACGUAACGAGAUUGUGUACCCUAUCGGCAAUGAUAAAUACCCGGAUGUGACAGUCAUCAUCGUCAUACAGAGAAGAAUCCUGUAUUAUAUCCUCAAUAUCAUCUUCCCGUGUUUCUGGCUCAAUGUCCUCAGCGUGUUGACGUUUUGUCUUCCGCCAGAUGCCGGAGAGAAGAUCAGCCUUAGCAUCACCGUUCUUCUCUCCUACUCUGUGUUCAUGUUACUGGUGGCGGAGAGCAUGCCGCCAACAUCAGAGUUUGUGCCACUAAUAGGUAUUUAUCUGACUGUGUCGAUGGCGCUAGCCUCAAUCUCGGUUAUCCUCACUGUGUUUGUGCUGAAGAUCCAUCAUUGCGCUCCCCAUCAGCCUCGAGUACCCAAAUGGGUCCGGAAGGUGGUUCUUGGCUACCUUGGAGGUCUUCUGCAGUGCAAGUGCCUUAAAACUCAGAACAAUCUCGGCAAGAGAAGUAGGGGAGGGGAUAUUCAUGGACCGGAAGAAUCGGAAAUACUUUCCAAACUCAUGAAUGAUAUUGCAGCAACGAAAGAUAAUAACAGACGGCGCUGUCAACCUAACGAUUCAUACGGGUCGUCUCAAAGCGAGGCUGGUAGCGUCAUAGCCGAUCUAAGGGGAAGCAGCUUCCUUGCCGAUCUACGAGGAAGUCUGAACAUGUCUAAUCGAAAUUCUUACGUAGACGACCAUAACGGAAAUACCGAUGGAGUGACGGACGGAAAGAAAGGAAUCAUGGAGGAUGUUCUGAAAUAUCUUCAGUGUAUGCUGGCCAAAAAUGACCAGCAAGAUCUGGAGGCCGAAGUGUUGGACGAAUGGAAACAAGUGGCCACUGUUGUUGACAAAGCCUUGCUCUGGACUUUUCUGGGGAUCACGCUCAUUUCAACCCUCAUCAUAUUGAUCAUCAUUCCCCUCACCACAUAUUCGAUGACAGGUGGCCUGUAACACACUGCCUCAUUCCACUUUCAUUCUACUUUUGUUGUUUUCAUUUAGUGGUAAUUGAAAUGAUUUCAUUUGUUGUCUAUCUUUUUACCUGAUAACACUUGAACAUUCAGUGAUUGUUUUAUCAUGAAACUCAAACAGUUUUCUCUAUGGUGUCACUACGAAUCAUAUAUAUCUUUAUAAUAAGUUAGUUAAAACCGACAAGACAACGUUAAUCUUAACAGAUGACAAAAUCAUGCAGGCUUUUAUAUUUAUUUAUAUGGAAAGUUUACUUGUAUUAUAUUUUGUGGUUACG